GGCUCAUCAAGUAGUACCAAGGAAGGUUUAGUGAACAUUGUUCGUUCGGCAUUGAAAUUACUUUUGAUUUGUAGAAGCACCAGGCUCCUAUUUUAACGCGAUGGAUGAUGCAGAGCUAACUUAUAAAUUCUGGAGAAUCCGCAAGACGGUCAUGCAGGUAUUUCAUGGAAAUUUUUUAUCUAUAAACUAUGCCGAGAACCGUUUCGUUUAUUAGAUCUCUAUCACGUGCGGAAAGAAAAUACAAACAUUUUAUGACAAGAGGACGCUUGGGUUUUACGAAAGACUAGCGAAAUCACCCUUGAGCUCUCCGUUUUUAGAAAAUCGUCUUCUAAAUGUGGACUCGAGUGCCACAAGUGGAGAGAAUCAAGACUUCUUUCGUGUGCUAGCCGCUUCCUGCGUGCUUUAUAACAGAACAGAGCACAAUCAAGGCUUCUCUAUUUGUUAAAUCAAGUUAUUUUUUAGCAAGUUUGACAGCUCUCAAUCGUUUAAUAGAUAAAUACAGCUGUAAAUGAAAGAUGAAGUAGGGCUACGUACAUUUACUUUUGUAUUUUAAGGACUUAUUCCUCAGCCAAUUGAUACAUGUAGUUAGGAUGUUGUGAGCUUUGUUUAUCACCAUCGGCUGGCGUCUUCAAGCAGCAUACUGUUAAAAAAUUGUAACCGUAGUGGAUGGAACCCCAAAACUAUAUAAAAAAGACAAUAACUAUAGAACAGAUAUAAUCACACUAGGAAAAAUGAUCAGUGAUAUUCUUACAAUCAGGAUUAUGUAUUUGACUGCGCUGAUAACAGUUAGCAAAGUUGCACAAUCAAGCCUUAACAUUACAGUGAUAAGGACUGAUUUUUUGUAAGUUCUCUCUCAUCAUUUUCUGCUUCUUGAUUACAAUUUUUUUUGUUUUUGUUUCAGAUGUGUCAUGACAGAGGCUACCUGGUGACACAAGAUGAAUUAGACCAGACUCUGGAUCAGUUCAAGGAACAGUUUGGAGACAGACCAAGGUAAGCAGUGGAAGAUGUACAAUCAAGGACAGGUGUGUGUAAGCAGUGUUAAAGAUGGAAAAUAUUUGAAUUUGGUAAAGAAAUAGAGGAGUUAAGCUUACUUUUUCUCAUCAUGAGGGAAGGAAAAAGAAAAUUUUGUGAGUUCUGUUGAGGAAUCAAACCUCACACCUACAGAAUUUACUCUCCGAUGGUCUACCACUGAGCUGUUGGGCCAUCAUGAGAUUUAUAUCAGACUCACAUACCACACACCCAGGAUCAGCCCUGUCAAAAGUGUCAAGUGUCCUGUGUAUAAACAGCAAAAGCAAGAUGGUUAAUUUUUAAACUUGGUAAAGAAAUAGAGAAAGAUGUCUUUUUUUUGUCUUGUCACAAGCACAGGGGCUAAGGGUUUGCUUUCAAGGUCAGGACUGUCACUUACUUCAGCAUGACCCUUUUUUUUAAGCCUUUGCGGAAAAUGUUUGGUAAAAUUUGCCUAUAAUCAAUCAAGGUAUUGACACAAAAAGUUCUAGCUGAUUUAUUUUAUUUUCAUUUUAAAAAUGUCUUUUUAUUAAUUUCUAGUGAAGGAAGACCUUCAAGAAGUGAUUUGUCAAUUCUGGUGGCUCACAAUGAUGAUCCAACAGGUAACAUUAGUAUACAUUUAGAUAACAACAUGAUUUUUGAUUGCAAUUUAGUGUAAUAAGUGUGAUUGAAUUUUUCAAAGACAAUGAAAUUGCACAUCUGAAGGGUGAGUGCAAUUUGUAGUCUUUGAAAAAUUUACAAGUGCUUAUCACACCAAAUUGCAAGAGAAAUCAUGUUAUUACUUCCUAAUAAUUCAGGGCAUGAAAUUACGCCUAAUACAGGCGCCAAUGUGACUAAAUUUUUUACUUUGGCGACCAAAUCCUGAAAGUUAGUCACCAAAUUGGCGACUAGAACGUUUCAUCAUAACCUUACCAAGAAAAAAUUUGCAAAGAUAAAUCCAUGGCAAACUUCCUCGUUAAGUUUGUUUCCAAAAUGUAGCACAUGCAUCUCGAUCGAUAACUAGACGCCAUCUCGGAUUUAGAUAAGCCUGAACGUUGUAUAUCAUCCAUCCUAGUGUCCACUUUGUAGCACGUUAAAGAUCUUUUCCCUAACUUAAUUUGGGAGGGUCUAUCUAGAACACUGACAGCGUAAAGAAAGAUUUUGUUUGUCUUUGAAAAUGGCGACCAACUUUUUUUGAAUUGCCUACCACUUUGAAGAAUUUAGGAGCCAAGUGGCUAUCAGAAAAAAAAAGUUAAUUUCACGCCCUGUAAUUAACAUAAAAGAACAUCACAGAAAGGCAAGAACAAGACAGACAAUAUUUUGAAAGUGUGCACACACUGUUUGUACUUUGCAUCAGUAUUACAACUUUGCCCUUGUGUUACUUGAGAAUGCACUCAUUUUCAUCCAGUCAGAUGUGUGUAAUUUUUUUGUUGUACAUUAUAAAGACAAAAAUCUCAUUGAUUAUUUCAUAAUUGAGUUCUUAAAAAACUUUGUUCUCAACUUAAAUCUUGUGCUUACAGAUCAGAUGUUUGUGUUUUUUCCUGAUGAACCUAAAGUUGGGAUAAAGACUAUUAAACAGUAAGUUUGGUUUAACCGAAGUAAAAAAACUCCUUCAAACUGUCAUACACUCAGGGCUAAAAAUUGGCAGUUGCACGGUCACCAGUAGUGAGUUAAAACUGACCAGGGCCACCAAAAGUUAAUGUUUGAACACUGGAUGUGCAACUAUGCUACAGAAUUUUGAAAAGUUGCAAUGUAAAUUAUGUGAUGUACAAAGUUAAAAAUAAAACUCAAUAUGUAGUUUAAUGAGACUACCUUUCUCUUUGUUUCUUUGCCUGGACUCUAAGAUCAUCCAUUUUAGGGAAUUUUUAGUUCUGAAGUGGAAAAUUUUGAGCCAUUUUAACAGUGAUUUCACAAGCUUGUUCUUUCCUUUUAGUCAACGCUACAUUAAAAGCCAUGGGGUGUUUACUCAAGUUUUUCAUUUUAAACCAGAGGAAAUUGAGGGCUUCUUCAUUUUGGGAUGGGCCACCAAGAAUUCAGGGAAACUGGUCUGACUAGCCACCAAGCACUGGAGUUAAUUUUUAGUUCUGUACACUUGGUUUACAAAAACAACUACACUACAAUUGUUUAUAACUUUACUGUUCCCAAGAUCUAAUUUUUCAUUCUCCCUUCAAGCUGCUUCAGAUUUCCUUGUUAAUUAGUUAAAAAAUUUAGUGUUAGAUCAAGAUAAAAAGUUCUAAGUGAUAAGUUUGAAUAUUCUCAUUACCUGUUUGCAGGAUAAUGUAGAGAUAUACUAGGGAGAAUUUAUGUCUUGGUCGCUUUUAGAUUUAAAGGGUAAAUUCAGACUACUUGUAAUCAAACCAGGUAAAACUUCUGGGAAAUGAAUUUAGGUCUGUGUUUGAAAGCUUAUUGUCAUGGCUUGCUUGACUGUUUUGUGUUUAUGACAUUAAACAUCUGUAUUUCAUGUAAUAUUUCCUUACAUUUUUCUGUGUAUUGUGAGCUGUGAAUGCAAUUAAGAGUGUUGUUUUAACUCUUCCACUCCCAGGAGUGACAAAAAGGGUAUUUCUCCUUACAACUUUAAUGCAUUUACAGGCAGAAAGGUUAUAAGAAGUUAGAAGAAUAUCAGUUUGGGGAUGUUCUUGGAGUCAAUUUCAAAUUCCCAGACCUAAAAUGAUAAGAAAUGCAUGUUAGAUAAGGCAGAGAGUUGAUAAAUACAUGCAGCAUGGGAACUGAAAUACUUGAGACACAAUUUGAAGUCAAUUUCAAAUUCCCAGACCUAAAAUGAUAAGAAAUGCAUGUUAGAUAAGGCAGAGAGUUGAUAAAUACAUGCAGCAUGGGAACUGAAAUACUUGAGACACAAUUUGGAGUCAAUUUCAAAUUCCCAGACCUAAAAUGAUAAGAAAUGCAUGUUAGAUAAGGCAGAGAGUUGAUAAAUACAUGCAGCAUGGGAACUGAAAUACUUGAGACACAAUUUUUAAAUUUCAUUACAGAUAUUGUAACAGAAUGCAAGAGGAGAACAUUAACAGAGCAAUAAUAGUUGUACAGAUGGGAAUGACACCUUCAGCCAAACAGGUUAGAAAAUUAGAAUCAGUGAUGACAGCAGCUCAUUACCCAGAGCCUCCAUACCAAUUGUACCCUUGAGUCAACUCUGUCCUGUAUCUUUUUAUUUUAAGAACUGAGAUAUGUGGGGGGUUCUUUAAUUUUUCACGAAAACAUGCUAAUGUUCGCAUAAACUUUCUGCGCCUUUUGCCAUUAUUGAAAUACUUUCGCGUUCUGCAUGUGAUGUAAACAAUAGAGGACCACAGCUCUCUUAUGAUUGGCUGUCAUGUAAACACUUGUGAAAAAACCCGCGGUAGGUGCUUCUAAAAUAAAAAGAUAUGGGACAGGUUUGACUCAGAGGGUAAGUAUGGAAGAUGGAAGCUCCAAGUAAUGGGCUCCUGGUGAUGAGUGAGGGUGCUGCUGUGAAAUAAAGAAAGAACAGCAACAACAAAACAGAACAAGAAUGUGUGUGUUAUUGUGAGCAGGGUUCUCAUUAAGUGUCAGCUGUCAGUGAAAAAAUGGGCUACCUUGAUUUCUGAGCCAUCUUCACUGUCGACUUGCACUUUUCAAAAAAUAUUGUGUUGUGAAUAGUUGUGCACAGUGACAUGCAAUAAAAUUAAGGCAAGUCACUGCUGCAAAAAUUUCAUGAGCAGACAACUUUCAUGAGAGCCAUUUUUGUAUUGUACAGAAAUGUAUGCUUCAGUUUAUGUUUAACUCCCUGGAUGAGCACUAUUCCAAUCUCUACCUGCUGAGUGUGUCCUAGGCAACCAACUGCCUUACUGCUUUGCAUUUACCUCUAAAAUAAUUCAUAGAAUGGCAUUUUGGAGCCUUUGAAUUUCCAAAAUGAUAUUUUGUGAGGAGGCAUGCCCCAAGAUCCUGGGAAGGAGCUAUUGCAUUGUCAGCCCUCUGGUUCAUGCAACCUGUCAACUACUGCAUGACUUAUUGGGAACCCUGUGUUUUGUUGUGUGAUAACUGGGAGAUGCUCUGGCCAGAUUUGCCUCUUGGCUCUGAUGCAGAUUCAGCCCUUAACUUAUUGUGUGACAAUUUUUGCUUUGUUAAAACUAGAAAUUGACCCAAAACUAACCAGGAACAACUGGGCCGAGUUUUUCAAAGCUGGGUUAAGAUAACCCAGGGUUAGUGUGAAAUAGAAUCUGAAAGCUGUGAAAGAAAAGUAGUCAUAAUCCUUUUUGUGUCCAAUUUAAUGAUUGGAUGCUCUAAAAAGAAUAAAGAAAAUUAUCUACCAAGGCAUUUGAACAAAAGAAUAAGGAAAGUUAGAUUAAAAUUUAACCCUGGGUUACAACUAAUCCGCCUUCAGGCCUUGGAGCCCAAAGUGCUGGUUUACAAUGGAACUUUUACUCUACACUGUUGUGUUAUUUUCUUUUUAUAUAAUUGCAAAUCAAAAGCAAUUGGCAAAUUUUGCAAAAAUAAUAACUUGUAUAAUUUUUUGGCAACAAAGUAUAUAAAGUGUAUCAACACUUCACCAUUUUGUUCUCCAAGGCUUUAGUCGACCUGGCACCAAAAUACAUCUUGGAGCAAUUUAUGGAGGCAGAGCUCAUGGUGAACAUUACAGAACAUGAGGUAAGUAACAUCAUAUUUCCAAGUCCUUGGAAUAAAAAGACAAAUACUAAGUUUGAUGACAAUUUUGGUGAAAACCUCAGAGAACUGGGCUCGCUGGAAUUAUACCAAUACACUUUUGAAUAAGAAGAUAAUGAAGAUAAAGGAAGUAUCACCCAUAAAAUAUUUUGUGAUCUAACAGCAAGCUUUCUAGAGCUAAAAUUGUAAGAAAUAGUAGCGGAGCUCGCAGAGCGUAGCCCCAUAAUUAUACAAAAUAGUAGUGACCCAUCAAGCCGAAAAAAUUUACGACCGUACGACCGUACAAGGUGCUACUUUUAACAUGCAUGGUCAACUGUACCACGGGCACGCCAACGCCACGGCUUUGUACAGUAGUCCAGUGGUCAGUGCUUUGGGCUCCGAGUCGGACGACCCGGGUUCUAGUCCUGGCUCGGGCAAAGCGUUGUGCCCUUGAGACGUGCGGGGAAAAAAAAUGCGGCUAAAUCUAUAUAUUAGGGCAGAUAGCGUGGAAAAUUUACUUUUAGAUCUAUGGAAGGAAAGUGGCCAAAGUUAAGAUCCACACGACUUCCAAAAAAAAAAAAACUUGAAAAAAAAGAAAAACGACUCUCGUUAUUCCCUUUUUCUUUUCCUUUCAGCUUGUUCCAGAACAUGUCCUCAUGACGCCAGAGGAAAAGACAGAGCUGCUUCAGAGAUAGUAUCCUUGACUGAACCCUUAAACUCUCAGAGGUUUCUCUGUAGAAUAUCCAGACAUUAUCCAGCAAACAAGUAAUACGAAUACUCAAACUUAUGUGGGAAAAGUUGUUCGCUUGAUCUAACACCAAAUUCUUGCUACUAAUUUACUGGGAAAUGUUUAGCCGCUAGUGGGGAGAAUUAACAAUCAGAUCUUGGGUGUUGAAGGGUUAUGAGCAGCUGUAUUGUCAAGGGGCAGUGCUUACUGUAAAUGUGUCGAGUUUGUCAGCUACAUGUCUGUUGUACCUGAUACCUGAAAUAAAACUUUUUGUUUGUUUAUGCGUGGGCUACACACCCUUAACAAUGCUUGUAGCAAACUGAAGGAACAUCAACUUCCUCGUAUCCAGUCUGGCGAUCCAGUUGCGCGAUAUUUUGGACUCAAAAGAGGACAGGUGAGCUGGACACUAGUCUCCUCUGUAUGAUUCACCCUCACGCAUGAUAAUUUUUUUUCAUUUGGUCGCGUCUGGAGCCCAUCAUUGAUGUGAUGGGCUCCUGGUCGCGUGGAAAAUGCUUUGUUUGGACAGUCGUUUAGCUGAAGAGGAUCUGGUGACGGGAAAGAACCGAUUUGCGUUCGUAAAGUUACGGUGGGUGAGCCCAAAAAAUUCGGUCACUCGUUAACCAAUCACAUGCAAGUACGAACUCUCGCGAACUCUCUCCGAAAGUUGAUAAGUCCUCGCAAAAUACUAUGGUGCCUCGUUAUGCUGCUGAGAAAGUCCGGGGGUAAUUAUUUAUUAAAUUUUAUAGUCUGUGUCAGGAGCCCAUGCAGAUAAAGGGCUCCCAUCUGUGAAAAGCUUUCAACUCGGUCAAUGGAAAAGAUCGAAAAACAGGGCGAGGGAAAAUUAUUAUAUUUAUAUCGUUGAAACGAAGAAAGGUGCCGCCGUUUUCCAACUUCGCCCUGUUUAGCUCGCACGGUUUUUUGAUCCUCUUCAGUGACCGAGAGUCAGAUGAAUGAUAUCGAUUUCUAUUUCAUUUCACUCCACUUUUUCCAGUAGAAUAUGAAUUUCGCUUGUUAUAUUUCUAACUUUGGUAACCUCUCCUGACUCGUGAAAUUCUUACUUUACAGGUUGUAAAGAUUAUUCGCCCUAGUGAAACCGCUGGUCGAUACAUAACCUACCGACUAGUCGUGUAAUGUAAAUUAAGAGUCUACAAAAUCACUCUCAAGUUUCCCUCCUUAUCAGACACAGCCAAGGAUUGGUAUGGACAAAGCCUCAUGUACUUUUAGUUCAAUUUGUUCGUUUUAUUUGUUCGGUCAAGUAACAAGUGCUCGCAGUCGACAUUUGUUCGUUAGAGAACCGACGACAGUCCGAUUCCUAUUUUCCAAUUAGAAAUUACGCGAUCUCUCCCGAAGUUGAGCCGACAAUAUGUCGUCAUAACGUUGCGUGGAGUCGUGUAUUCCGAAGAACAUCGAGUCAUUCUUCUCGCUGCCUCGGUGCUCGUUUCGUUGGUUCUGCUCGGUGUUGGUGAAGUUGAAACAGAGCUCGUGUAAGUCUAAAGUUUUCCUAUUACUGGAUGGAGUUAUGUGAAGACCUUGAAGAAAUUUCUCAAUGAAAGCUGCUUAAAAUUGUUAUGGUCAUCAAGUUCCAUGGAGAUGAAGAAGAGUGAAGGAUGCUGAGUGAAGCCGAGAGAAGGCGAGUGACGCCAAGUAAAGUCGAAAUAAGCCGAAUGAAACCGAAUGAAGCUGAGUGAAAUUCAGAGCAAGAAAGGACGCAUUCAAACUGACCGCCAGGCUUGCGGUUUGCCUUCGAAAGGUUUUAUCCUUUACUGUGAGGCUACCUCGCCGA